AUGUCUAAAACGGCAGAGAAAGAUAGCUCACAAACUACGAGUAGUGCGCUGUCAAUAUCAGCGUCCGAAGAUGUUGAUGAUUCGUCAUGGCGCUCAAGUGUCGCACGAGAAUGGAAUGCUCGCCGUUUAGCAGAAACCCAAAUGUCGAGUGCUUUAUUUCCACUCGCAAUGAACCCGUUUGGUGUAGAUGAAAUUUUAGCAAUGACAGAUGUCCUGCUGACAGGACGUUUGACAUUAGGCGAAGAAAUAGAGAGAGCAGAAAAGAAAUUCGCGCAAAUAGUUGGUGCGAAAUAUGCUGUUAUGGUAAAUUCUGGUAGUUCUGCAAAUUUGCUUGCAGUUUCAGCUAUCACAAAUAAACUACGACCUGUGCACUGUGAUCCGGGUGCUCACGUACUGGUACCUGCUGUAUGCUGGUCGACCAGCGUGUUUCCGUUAAUCCAAAAUGGACUUCAUCCGGUAUUUGUUGAUGCGGAUCCGCGCACAUUCAAUGUUUCUCUAAGUGAACUCGAGCGUAAACUAACGAAACGUGUUAAGGCUGUGAUGGCGGUGCACGUUCUUGGCAACUCCAUAAAUAUGCAAGAAUUGAUGGAAUUUGUUGAAAAACAUCGUCUAAUAUUGAUUGAAGACGCUUGUGAAUCCUUGGGAAGUUUUUGCAGAGCUGUUAAAGACCAGAAACCUAAAAUGUUAGGUACAUUCGGAGAUUUCGGAACGUUUUCCUUUUACUUUUCACAUCAUAUUACCAGCGGUGAGGGAGGAAUGGUGACAUGCAAUACUGUAGAAGAUUACGAUCUUAUACGUUGCCUACGUGCUCAUGGGUGGACGAGACACCUCACGAAUAGCCGACAGGUUGAAGAGCAAUACCCAGAUAUUGAUGCACGCUUCUUAUUUGUGAAUAUGGGCUAUAAUUUUCGUCCAUUGGAGGUGCAAGGUGCUAUGUUAAGUGUUCAGUUGGAAAAACUUCAGGAGUACAACGCAUAUCGCCGUGAUAAUUUAAGACGAAUUCGAGAAGCUUUAACGCAUGAUGAUCGAUUUUCACAUUUGAUGUCCUUAAUGGAAGCCUCAAAAAAUGUAGAUCCAGCAUGGUUUGGUCUUGGGGUUUUGUUACGUCGGCCAUAUGCUCAUCAACACUCCAAAUUUUUGGAAUAUCUAAUGAGCAAUGGAAUCGAAAAUCGUCCUGUUAUCAGCGGUAACUUUAUUCGCCAACCAUGUGUCUCAGUUUUUUGUAACACAGAGUACGCCGAAAAUUAUCCAGGAGCCGAAGCUAUUCAUACACGAGGCUUUUUCAUUGGUGUUCAUCAGGUACCACUUAAACAAUCUGUAAUCGAUAAGCUUGUCGAUGUCAUGUUGAGUUUUUCGUUUUCUCCGUAUCAUGUUGUCUUAGUGACUGGAAGCAAUGGAAUGUUAGGAAGGUAUAUUCAGGAUAUUGUGUGCGAACAAUCUAAAAAAGAAAAUUUUAAACCGGCCACGGCUGAUUUUCAACCGUUGAGAAUUAGAACAGUAGGCUCGGAAUGGAUUUUCGUAACUCGUCGAGAUGGAGAUCUCCGAAAAGUCGAAGAUGUGCGGAAUAUCUUUAAGCGAUUUCAACCGACACGUGUAUUACAUUGCGCAGCAGAUCUCGCAUCGAUUCAGGAAAUGUCUGCAAAACCAGUAGACUUUUGGCUAAAUAAUAUCAGAAUAAAUAACAAUGUUCUCGAAGCUGCAUUUGAAUUUCAAACAUGGAUUGGUCCUAUCAAGGUAGUGUCAAUGUUGUCCACAGUCAUGCUUCCGAAAAAUGCAGAAUAUCCGAUUGACGUUUCGAAUAUCUAUGAUGGACUCCCACAUUCCACAUCAGAAUCAUAUGCGUAUGCUAAAAGGUCACUCGGACAUCUUACUCAGUGGUAUCGCGAUCAGUAUGGCUGCAAUUUUAUCUCCGUAUUGCCGGGGAAUUUUUUCGGUGCGUAUGGUGAUUUUAACCCUACAACAGCUCCUCUUGUUAAUGCGCUUAUUUCGAAAAUAGAAAGUCACCGACAGCAAAAUCCUUCUGACCCUCUCACGAUGCUGGGUACCGGUACACCUUUGCGCCAAGUUAUGUUCGCACAUGACCUCGCAGAAAUUGUUAUUUGGGCGUUGGAAAACUACAAUGAUAACGAACCAUUAGUAGUAGCUGGCGAAGAGGUUUCGAUUGCUAAAAUUACUCAUCUAGUAUGUGACCAACUAGGCUUUUCUGGAUGUGUUUCUUUCGAUGGAAAUACAAAAAAUGAUGGACCGAUGCGUCGCACAGCUGACACAUCACCUUUUCAAAAGCUUUGCCCUUCUUUUCAAAUGACUCCACUCUCGAUCGGGAUAAAAAAAACAGUAGAAUGGUACCGACAUACCAGGCCUAAUUCUCAUAAAAAUUGA